AAUAUUAACAGAUGGUUGAAAAUUCUAUAAUACCCUCUCUCCCGUGAUUGAGGAAUUUUGAAUUUGAGGUCGGGUUUGCGUAAUUAACACCAAAAUGUAAGGGUAAAUGUGUCCCGAAAUAUCAUCAAAGCUGCCACUUCCCGAGUUCCCACACUCCACUCUCUCCCCUCUGCAACUCUCUGAAAUUCUCUCUCUGGAAUUUCUUCUUCAAUGGCGUCCUCUUCGAUGUCAGCAGGCGGAGUGUUCACGUCCCGAUCGUCGGUGUUGCCGAACUCGAAGCAGAACCAUAACAUCAGCCGCCUUUCGUUCAGCGGCUCUCAUCUCUCCGGGACCAAAAUCUCCGCGCCCAGCACCUGUUUGAGGAGAUCGCCCACUAACAGAGUCACGCCGCUGGUUGUGUCUCCCAAAGCUGUUUCCGAUUCCAAGAACUCUCAGACGUGUCUUGAUCCCGAUGCGAGCCGGAGUGUGUUGGGGAUUAUACUGGGUGGCGGAGCUGGGACGAGGCUUUACCCAUUGACAAAGAAGCGUGCGAAGCCUGCUGUUCCAUUGGGAGCAAACUACAGGUUGAUCGAUAUCCCAGUCAGUAAUUGCCUCAACAGCAACGUAUCCAAGAUCUACGUGCUGACCCAGUUCAAUUCCGCUUCGCUCAAUCGCCAUCUUUCUCGUGCUUAUGCUAGUAACAUGGGUGGCUACAAAAAUGAAGGCUUUGUUGAGGUUCUUGCUGCCCAGCAGAGCCCAGAGAAUCCCAAUUGGUUCCAGGGCACCGCGGAUGCCGUGAGGCAGUAUUUGUGGUUGUUUGAGGAGCACAAUGUGUUGGAGUUUUUGGUUCUUGCUGGGGACCACUUGUAUAGGAUGGACUAUGAGAGGUUUAUUCAGGCACAUAGAGAAACUGAUGCAGACAUCACUGUGGCUGCUCUGCCCAUGGAUGAGAAGCGUGCUACCGCCUUUGGUUUGAUGAAGAUUGAUGAAGAGGGAAGGAUUAUUGAGUUUGCUGAGAAACCCAAAGGGGAGCAACUCAAAGCUAUGAAGGUUGAUACUACUAUCUUGGGUCUUGAUGAUGAGAGAGCUAAAGAGAUGCCUUAUAUUGCCAGUAUGGGUAUAUAUGUUGUGAGCAAAAAUGUCAUGUUAGAUCUACUUCGAGACAAGUUUCCUGGUGCAAAUGAUUUCGGGAGUGAAGUUAUUCCAGGUGCAACUUCCAUUGGUUUGAGGGUUCAAGCUUAUCUGUAUGAUGGCUACUGGGAAGAUAUUGGUACCAUUGAAGCUUUCUACAAUGCAAACUUGGGGAUAACAAAAAAACCAGUUCCAGAUUUCAGCUUUUAUGAUCGUUCAUCCCCAAUCUACACCCAACCUCGGUAUUUACCCCCAUCAAAAAUGCUUGAUGCUGAUGUCACAGAUAGUGUUAUUGGCGAGGGAUGUGUAAUAAAGAACUGUAAAAUUCACCAUUCAGUCGUUGGGCUUCGGUCUUGCAUAGCGGAGGGUGCUGUCAUUGAAGACACAUUACUGAUGGGAGCUGACUACUAUGAGACUGAUGCUGACAGGAGGUUUCUAGCUGCAAAGGGUAGCGUUCCAAUCGGUAUUGGCAAGAAUUCUCACAUUAGGAGAGCUAUAAUUGAUAAGAAUGCUCGAAUUGGAGAAAAUGUUAAGAUUAUCAAUAUCGACAAUGUGCAAGAAGCAGCAAGGGAAACAGACGGAUAUUUCAUAAAGAGCGCGAUUGUCACAGUGAUCAAGGAUGCCUUGAUUCCUAGUGGAACGGUAAUCUAGCCACCUUAUUUUCCACUCGUUGAAUGCUGACAGCGGAGGUUCUUUCUGGUUACUGGGCUGAGAGGAGCCACAAGUACGCUGCUACAGCAACUUAACGAGCACUUUGAGCGGUUCUCUCUUCUGUUCAUGUAACGUACAUUUCAGUGAACUACGAUGUAAUUAUUGAGGAAGAGACCUCAGGAAUUUGCUCUGUAGAUGCUCCACUUCUAUCUCAAAUAAAAGUUUUUUGUCAAUUGUUCA